GAAAUCGUUUACUCCGUAUAAAAAUUGCAGAAUUAUUGCAGACACCAGAAUACCAGACUCCAAGUAAGGAGAUAGAGAACAACCCGAAAUUUCUAAAUUUUCCUCCAAACUCAUUUUUUUUUUUUUUUUUUAAUAUUUUUCAGAUCGAUCGAUUAAUUCAAACAAUACAUAAAAUUGACAAAAAUUCCAUAAGCAGCAGUAAGUAGAAAGCAAACGCAGAAGAAAUGGGGCUUCUGAGUAUCAUUCGCAAAAUCAAGAGGAAAGAGAAAGAGAUGCGAAUUCUCAUGGUGGGGCUCGAUAAUUCUGGAAAAACUACCAUUGUUCUCAAAAUCAAUGGCGAAGACACUAGCGUCAUCAGUCCUACACUUGGUUUCAAUAUCAAGACCAUUUCUUACCAAAAGUAUACACUUAAUAUAUGGGAUGUGGGUGGCCAGAAAACGAUAAGGGCCUAUUGGAGGAACUAUUUUGAGCAGACGGAUGGUUUGAUUUGGGUAGUUGAUAGUUCGGAUCUUAGACGAUUGGAUGAUUGCAGGAAUGAGCUGCAUAAUUUACUGAAAGAAGAGAGGCUAUCUGGAGCAUCUUUGUUGGUAUUUGCAAAUAAGCAGGAUAUACAAGGUGCGCUUUCACCUGAUGAAGUUGCAAAAGUGCUCAACUUGGAUGCCAUGGAUAAGACACGACACUGGAAAAUUGUGGGUUGCAGUGCAUACACUGGAGAGGGGCUACUUGAGGGAUUUGAUUGGCUGGUUCAGGAUAUUGCCUCUAGGAUCUAUGUGCUUGACUGAUGCCAGUCUUUGCUUCAUUGUUCUUUUGCUGACACAAAUUUAUAGUUUGUCGAAGUCAAGAUUAUUUAAUCAUCUGCUCUUAUUUUGAUGUAUGGUCUUCUGAUUCUGUACGGAGUACUUCACAUGACUUCAACUUAAUCUUCUCGAGUGCAUCAGCUCAACUUAAUCUUCGCUAGUGCAUCAGUGCCAUUGGUUGAAUGUGAUUCUAAGGACUACACAAUUUUGCUAAACAUGAAUAUCAGGGAGGUAACACGAAGCAGAUACCCUUAGCAUCAGUUUGAGUGUGAUCCUCCUCUCAUACAGCCCCAAAUUUCUAUUACCCGGUAUACAAGAGUUUUGGUUUGUUUUUGUAUGCAAAUUAUGUAAUGAUGUGCAACGUUUACAAUCUUUGUAUGUACUAUGUAGCUGUUUUUGUACCUCAAAGGCUCUGUUCUCUUCAACUAUCUUAUAGUGUUACAUGGUGGUUGUCAUGUUGAGUGACGUGAUAGUUUACACAUUUUGUUGUGUAUGCACAUACAUUUUGUUAGUAUCUGUAGUAAUUAUAAAAUGGAAAAUCUGUGUAAUAGGAAUUUUUAAGUA